AAGCAAGCUUGGAGAAAGUCGCGUGUGUGCGCUAGCGAUAUAUAUCGACGCACAACCGUUGACUUACUGCUGCUGCUUGACACUAGAGUACACUAUAAGACCAGGUUUUAGGAUCGUGGAGGUCGUGAGUCUUAUCCUCGAUGUCUCUUCGAUGAUUCAGAGAGAGUGGCUGUACCAAAUUGUUCUGAAAAGAAACCUUUUGUUUCGACCUUGUCGGCCGUUUAUUUCGAUACAAGACUGCAUGGAAUUCGUUUUUUUUGCUGAGGAGUGCUUGCCGAGAAGCGAGUGGUCUUUUCGUUUUUGAGUGUGUGUCUGUGUGUGCGUCAAGAGUAUGAAAAUGUUACGCUGGUUAGUCGAAUCGAAAGAUAGUAAGGACAACAAACUUGGGACAAAAGUUGGCCCUCGUGAUAUAAUUCCAUUGUUUGUAAUUACCUAACAAGACAGGCUCACGCGCAACAGGCUGCUUAAAAUUGAAAAGGCAUUCUCGAUCUCGUCGUGGUAUCCAUCGAUAGAUAGAUACAGUACGGUGGUUUCGUUUUCAUGAGGAAAAGCAGAGAAGCCAUAUUUUUAGUAUGAGUGGUAGAGAACAGACGACAUUUCUCGAGUGCUGUUCUCUGGCUGCAACAUCAAUAAAUUUCAUGUCAUGUCCACUGUGCUGAUUCUUAGUCAAAAUUGAAACCGUAGGGAAACAUUCUUGUUGCCCGGCAAGAAACGCCGAGUACUAAACCUAUUGAAAAAGAGAAGAUAUAUGUUGAAAAGCAACUAAAACCAUUUGACAUCAACCCUCAUGUGCAUGCAAUUUGUUCAGUUUUCAAUCUACCGUUGCAAUUUAUUGAUGACGGACUGAAAGGCCAUUUCCACCCUUCGAUAGGACCAGUACCGAGAUUUGUUGUCAACAUAGCAUCAUGUCAGUCCGUAACGGAAACGGAGUGAAGCAGCGGAGUCGCAAUAAGACCCCGGAAGUUUCGGCAAAGCGAGGACAACGUCAAUCGGCUGAGGUACCCGACUCAAAAGGCGGGAGCCGCAGAAGCACGCUGGAGAGCGACAACAAUACCACCACGUCUGACGAUGGUUCCACCGGAGGCAUCUCGAAGGCGGGUACUGGCUACCGCGGACUGUUUCUGCCCCCACAGGGAGCGCGAAACUUGGCUUUCUACGAAUACCAUGCCGUUCCGCCUACGCUGACAGACCAGUUCCUGAACCCGUACUGGACAAUGGCUGCCAACUUGAUCCCUACCUGGAUCUCGCCGAAUGCAGUCACGCUGUCAGGAAUGAUCGCGCAGAUGUCCGCGGCAGCCCUCUUCGUGGGGCACUACUGUGAUGCCUGGGAUGCACCGCUCUGCAAAGCAGCAGGUCUGGCACUGGGAUCGACCGAGGAUAUCUGUGUCACCGGACCAGCUUCAUCAGUAAGGCACCUUCAUCUAAGAAGUAGGUUUAAAAGAUUUAUUGAGAAUAUCUACUUCCAUCCUAUCUCUACUGCAUGGAAUUUGUCGUGUUCGUUUAGGCCGCUUGUUGUGCGGCGGUACCGAUACCACUGAUGCAUAGGUGGGAAACGUAGCACCUUGGUUUCGUUUCGCAUCCCUCAGAAACUCUGCUUUGACAACAUAUUCGAUGACUUGAUGUUAAUACUUAUUCGCUGUUUGCUUUGCUUCUGUGUAGUUAAAAAAAGACAAAAACUCUAAGACGUGGCGCGAGCAAGUUGUAUCUUGCACCGAAUACGCGAUAUAUUGCUGAUCUCCUUGUCUACACUUAUGCGAUCGUGUGCAUGGUGUAUUACCACAUAGCAGAUGCAGCGGAUGGCAAGCACGCGCGAAACACCGGUCAGUGCUCGCCUCUAGGCGCUUUAUUCGACCACGCAUGCGACGCCUGGGCCACGCUCUUCAUCUUUCUCUGUUCGACAUGUUCGAUUUUCCUGCGACUGCCGAACGAGGCGCCAGGGGCGACGUCCGUGUAUGACCCCAGGACGCACGCGGUAGUCUCCACUAUCAUCUUCUUCUAUCAUUUCGCGGUCUUUGGCAGUUUUUUCGGAGGACAGUGGUUCCAUCUACACACGGGAACGCUAGAUUUAAGGCUUUCCCUAAUCCAUCUUCAGACGCAACUCGAGGCUGUGCCUUAAGGGAAAAAUAGAUUCGAGAUGGAUUCCAGGAUGAACUAGGGUGAGCUCUAAUAGAUACAGCCAAUGUUUCUGAGGGACAGUUCGGAUACAUUCUGCUGCUCCUCUGCAUGAUGCAACCCUCAUUGCGAGAAGCCAGCCGCACGAAUUACAUCGAUGUUCCUUUAAGGAAAAGUUGUUUUUCUCAGUUCUACUGUGUUGACACUAGCUUAAAACUGCUCGCUCUACAGCUUUCUCAUCAGCAUUUUCUCAUUUGAUAUCUGCGAUGCUUUGGAUAGGAGUCGUUGUAUUUUCAGCAUGAAAGUAAGAAAGGUACCAUCAGUGAUUCGUCUAGGAAGGAGGUCGUGUUAUGAUUAAGUGCUUCUCAAUUCCUCGUCAGGGAAAUGUUAGGCACUUCGCGGAAUAACAUCAUCAAGCGAGUGGAGAUCUUCUCUUGUUCAUUUUUCUGGGGAGCUGAAUCUUUCCGCGUGGAGUACAUGACGAUAGCUCUGGUGCUGUCUGCCGCAAUGCCUUUGUACGUCAUCGGUAGUGCAGCAUUUCAGGUAUUCAGAACCGUCGGCUUUCGAAAAUCUAUUUGUACGUUCGUCGUGCCAAUGGGCAUCAACUGCUUCCAGUCAGCGGUGCUCUUCUUCCUCGUCCCGCUCAUGUGUUAUGUCGUCCAGAGUGAUAACUUUCUGUUUGGCGCAUUACUAUCGUGACACUGACAUCUUUCAAUGAGAUUAGGUACUAAAUUCACAUCGCUUAGGGGAACUUGUUACUCUGACUGUUACACAUUUACAUUUCUGAUAUCGACCUCUUUAGAGUGCUAGGGCAACGUGAUUCUACUAUGGUAAACUAUGAAUAGGAGCCUCCUGUCCUCAGAACAUGUUGGAGAUUUCAGCACGGAAGUGAUAUAGAAGUUUUCGCUCGAGCCCUCUAUGGUACCUGUGCGAUGAAAUUGCUGAAAUUCUAACAUGUGGAGGAGCAUAUGCUGAAACUGUUUUUGUUUAUGAGUGUGGUGUCGGUGUACCUGAGUCUGCGGUGCAUCGUGUGUCAACUGUGCGCGAUCCGAUAUACGAAGACCAAUAUGGAGUGCUAUUUGCCUGUUACCCUGCCUAUUUGCGCCUUCGCUUAUUUCUGCAGUGACAUGCACGGCGACGCACAAUUCAACUCAGCCGAAAACUUAAGGCUCCGUCCUCCAAGUCCAACUAUACGGUAAAAAAUCGAUGAUUUAUAAUGAUCAAAUCUUUUGCUUUUGCAUACUAGUAAAAAAAAAUGUUCAUCCCUUGAUUCAGCAGUGGUAAUGACGUUUGAGAUAGAACUUUCACGCAUUAUAGUGAAUAUUUGCUCUUCUCAGAAGUAGUCUUCGCAGAUGCCAAAAACAGCAUCAUCGGAGAUGCACACAGAUAUGACAUCUUGGUGUUGUCUAAUAAAUCGCUCGUUCCUGAUUUACUGGUUGCUGUUCUACAUGUGCGGCCUCACCCUGUUCUUCAUGGCCGACGUGAUCGCAACCAUCUGCAGCACACUGCGGGUGCCAUUCCUGGCUCCCCUGAAGAAGCCGUGGAAGCGAACAAACUUCGAGAAUCGAGACAGGUUCCCGAAGAAUGUGAAGAAGGGGCAGUAA